CUCUUGGUUUUCAAGUUUCAAGCUUUAUCCUCCCACCACUCGCAAUAAAGAGGGCAACAAGAGAGCAUAGAUCGGACGGCGAGGAGGGAAAGAGAAGGAGAGAUGAACGCCCGAGAUCUGCAGCUGCCACCGGGGUUCCGCUUCCAUCCAACGGACGAGGAGCUCGUGACGCACUACCUCUGCCGGAAAUGCGCCGCCCUGCCCCUCGCCGUGCCCAUCAUCGCCGACAUCGACCUCUAUAAGUUCGACCCCUGGCAGCUCCCUGAGAUGGCUUUGUACGGGGAGAAAGAGUGGUAUUUCUUCUCGCCGAGGGAUAGAAAGUAUCCGAACGGGUCGAGGCCGAACCGGGCGGCCGGGUCGGGGUACUGGAAGGCGACCGGGGCGGACAAGCCGAUCGGGACGCCCAAGCCGGUGGCGAUAAAGAAGGCAUUGGUUUUCUACACGGGGAAGGCGCCCAAAGGAUUGAAGACCAACUGGAUCAUGCACGAGUACCGGCUCGCCGACGUCGACCGCUCCGCCCGCAGGAGCAACAGCCUCCGGCUGGACGAUUCGGUCCUGUGCCGGAUCUACAACAAGAAAGGCGGCGCGGAGAAGGCGACGGGGUCGGACAGGAAGGCGGCCGGUUGGAGGAUGGCCGGGCGACCGGAGCCGGAGCGGAAGCCGGUGUUCGCCCAGCACGUGCCGGAGAUGGUGUACUUUGACACAGCGGACUCGAUGCCGAGGCUGCACACGGACUCGAGCUGCUCCGAGCGCGUGCUGUCCCCGGAGGUCACGUGGGAGAGGGAGGUCCAGAGCCAGCCCCGGGCGGUGCGGAGCCAGUGGGAGAAGGCCCUCGAGGUUCCGCUCAUCAACGAGGGUCCGACUGCCUCGGCCAGUGGGAUCGGGUUCUUCCCCCAGCUCGAACCGGGAUCGCUUGAACCAGGGUUCAGAGACCCGCUCCAGGACAUCCUCAUGUACCUGGGCAAGCCCUUCUGAACCGGCACAUGACGGAGUACGCACUGGUAAUGUACGCGGUGGUGAUGGAGUCUAUGUGUUGACUCGGGGUGACUCAGGCGAGCCGCCGUGGAAUCGGAGGAGGGCGUGCGACUGUUGGAUGGUGAUCAGAUGGAGAUGAUGUGGCGGCGAUGAGACCGCGUGGCUCCGAGUCGUGGGUUGGUGUAGGUGGGUGCCUGGGUUUAAGGAUGUGUCUGUAUGCAUAAUUGUUGGUUAGUGUAAGAGGCGGGUGAAAUGCUCUUGCCGUUUGUAAAGAAAAUUUUUGUGUAGUUGGGCUUCUAUAAGUGCUGUGAAGUAUAAAUUAUUAUUAUUAAAGUAUACAUGCGACUGUUCCGAUAA